AUGUCAAGAACCAAUAGUAAUCAGACACUAUCAAAUACUUCACCGUUUUUAAUUAAAAAAGCAAUUGACGCAACAUGCGGCAGUGAAAUAGAAGAGUGCAAGAAAACCAGAAAUGGACAAAUCCUUAUUAAAACAAAAAAUAACUCACAGGCUAACAAAUUAACGACUCUAAUAGCACUAGACAACAACAAAUCCAUAGAAAUAACACAGCAUAAAACAUUAAACCAUUCAAAAGGCGUAAUUUACUGCAACGAUCUUAGAGGACUACAGGAAGACUACAUACUUUCGGAAUUAAAAACGCAAAACGUAAUUGAAGUUAAGAAAAUCCUAAAGAAAUCCGACUACGAACUCACUGAAACGGGAUUGGUAAUACUCACAUUCGAAACAACAAAUCUACCAGCAGAGAUAAGAAUCGGUUAUGAAAAAGUCAACGUUCGGCCCUACAUUCCUCUACCACUCAAAUGCAAUAAUUGCCAACGGUAUGGUCAUACAGCAAAAAUCUGCAAAGCUGAAAAAACAUGCGCAAAUUGCCCAAGCAAUUAUCACUUCAACGACGAUAUGAAAGAGAAACGCAAAAACGAGGAGGCUUGCAUAAACUGCAUUAGACAACUACAACAACCCACCGACCAUUCNUAUGGUCAUACAGCAAAAAUCUGCAAAGCUGAAAAAACAUGCGCAAAUUGCCCAAGCAAUUAUCACUUCAACGACGAUAUGAAAGAGAAACGCAAAAACGAGGAGGCUUGCAUAAACUGCAUUAGACAACUACAACAACCCACCGACCAUUCCGCCACUGACAAAAAAUGUCCCAUCUUCCUCAAACAAAAAGAAAUACAAGCGAUUAAAACUACACUCAAAAAAGACUACAAAGGUGCGCUAGCCAUUUACAACGAAAGAUACCAACACAAUCAGCAACCAUACUCAACAAUAGUAAGAAAUAAUCCCAACACAAGUAAUCAGCAAUACAACCUACCAACAAUGGCGCACAACAGAAGCACAUCUACCAACCCAGCAAUAAACAAAACUGUUACACCAUCAGCAGAACUACUACCAAAACCUAUUACCACAAGAAGAUAA